AAUGUAAAGAAGUCGAUGCGAUUCGAGAGAGGGAAACCGCUUUGGCGUCCAGUUACUCCAAGGCAAGCUGAAAGGAAUGUUGAACGGCGUGCAUCGCGACGCCAACGAGUUCUCACAUUGAUCGUCUCUAAUCAACGUCGACGUCGUCAACGACGUACUAUCGGAAUCUCAAACCUCUAACUUACAACCGAGAACCAAGAAUCCAUAUCCUCGAAACCAAGCUGCCUAAUCUGUAGUAACAACACUUAGAUAGAUUUUCAUUAUAUAAAAAUAUCUCGAAGACAACAGAAAUUAGACGAACGAAGGAUUCAGAAGGAAGAUUUUAAAUAACGUAAAAUCCAAAAAAACAAUUAAAAAUUCAUGCUCUGGCGUAGAAUGAAAUCAGGCUGACUACGAUGCUAUCGAAAUAUUUGAUUAUUGCCAUAUCUUUAGUAUGCGUUACAGAAUGUGCGACCCAAGUUUACAAGAGUCAGUCAGUCGAGACUGCUGUAGUGAUCAAACCGGCGGUUGUAAACGAUGACUUUAUUACACAAACCGUCUAUGGAUUCUUGGAUUUCACUACCACGAUCGGAAACACGGUGAUGGUGUUCAGCCCACAAAGCGCGCCAGCAGACGGGGGAAAAGAAAAGAAAAGCAGCGUUUCUAUUAUUCAAACGAAACCGAGCGAGACGAAGGAAAAAGCGCCUCCUGCUAUUCAACCAAGCAAGACGUUUAAGACAAAUUCCGAGGAAGAAACGAAAAAGCAAGCUAAAGGCACGAAGGUUGUUGUAAAUUCAGUGAUCGAGCAGAAUGUCAUUAAUUCUGAAGAUAGUGGAUUACGAACUGUAAAAAAUCAGGAACCGAAGACUCAAACACAGGUAAUGACAAAAAGUCCCGUGAUAUCUUCGCAAGUGCAGGUAAAAUCAAAGGACGAAGCGCCAGUCGUUAAGAAUAAUCUUGCGGAACCUGAAUACGACUUUCUAUCGAAGCAACCUGCAGAAGUAGUCGAUGAGACGUACAAGUUAAUUAAUCUGAGACCCUCUUCGAAACCCCAUGGAAAACCAAGACCUACAGGUCGACGAGAGAAAGAGAAUCCAACUGGUCUAGUUACGAAGCUCGGUGGCACUAUUGUUAAAGAUGGAUUGACUACUGUUCACGAAACUAGCGUGAUUGGUACUUACAUAAACGGAAAAUACGCUCAGGUGCUUCAAAGCUCGUCGAGAAUUCUCUCCGGCGCUCCGCCAGUUCCUGAAGGAAAAAUUCGCCCCUCUAGUACGCAUAGAAUAUUAAAAACUAUUGGACCGCAGCAAGGAAAGCUAAAACCACAACUUGAACCUACACCAACGACGCAGCAAGAAGAAUCAUCGUUACCCUUGGAAGUUUUGUUUAGUUCCCCAGCUGGUUCCACAGUAAGGAGCACACGGAAAAACUCAAGCCCAAAUUUAUCACGACCAAAGUUCCGCAACAAAAUUAACGAUGAUUACGAUGGCAGUGGUGAGGUGCAACAAACGAAGCCGGGUAAAAAUCGAAGCAGUACCACCUCAAGACCAAGUUAUAAAAAUCGAAGUCCUCCAACAACAACCACAGAACCACCUGUUACUCGUCGCCGUAGCAGCUUUAGACCAAGUAAUCAACCAAGUUUGCCUUCGAAGCAGAAUAAUAAGAAUAAAAACGAACAACAACCGGUUAGCCCUAAUCCUGUGCCGAAGUUGAAAUUGCCAAGAACACAAGGGCGUUGGUCUUACAAGACGACUCCUAAACCAAGAAUCGCUAUUCGAAAACAAAUAGAUGUCGAGGACGAACAACGUUCGAUAUCAGAAACCAGCACAACUGAGAAUCCGGUGAAUAUCGACGACAGCAAAACUACCGCAUCUUCCGUUUCCACGUCUACGGCGGCGGCUGCUGUUGCGACAGGUCAACAGGUCAAUGCUCAGAGAAAAAUCCAAGAAGCGGUAAACGAUGACGAAUUGGAUCCGAGCGAAAGCGAGGAUGUUGCCAGUGUCAGCGUUCAAGAUCAACAUCCUGAACAAAUUUUACCGAUCGAAACGGUCAACGUUGAAAUUUCCACAGCUGCUGAUAUGAGUAACGUGUACUUCGAAAUUGCUACUAUUAAGUCACCAUACACUUUCCAGGUUGGAACAUUGAGAAAUACUCGCUACGUGACGGUAACUUCAACACUGAAGAAAUCAUUUUCAACGAUAGAUCCAUCCAGCACGGUAUCACCAUCAGAGCCGUUAACUGAGAAUCUCCUAGCAAACACUGCAGCAGCGUAUGAAACGACCUUACCAUUAGAUUCGGCCGUGGCGACUCUGCCAGCUAUAUCUUUAGAAUCUGGCCAAGCGACUCCACCUUUGGAGACUUUGACCGAGACCUUCUCUACUACGCAAACUCUACUCAAAACCCAUCUACUUCCGGUAAUACACGGUGGUAACACAACCAAACUGACGCUCGUGCAAACGUACAAUAUCGCACGUGUGGUCACUGCUAUAAAGACUUUGCCACCGAUGGAUAUAUAUCAGUUUAUUCCCAGCAAAGCAUUGAAUGAGUUUAACUCUAAGCUGGACGAAGCAGGUAGCGAACUUCACCUAGAGUUAGAUGUCGGUGACGAAGACAGAGAUGACGAUGAUAUUCCAAAAAGGGUAGUGGCUCCAAACAGUGACAUGGAUUCUGAUCUAGAACCUUUCAAAUCAAUUUCAUCUUCGAAAGCAAAAUCAGAAACUCCGAGCACUUCCAUCGAAUCGCACUUGACUCCCGAUCAACUGGCCCUGUUGAAAUAUUUCGGUCAACAGCAGCCACAGGUGAUCACCACUUCACGACCGGUCGUCGUUCUCGACACGCUUUACGAGUCCCACGUGAUCCCGGUAGUGAACAACGGCAAUACGAUUUAUUCGACGUUAUCCAGGCCAGUUGGCACUGUGCCACGAACAUCUUAUGAAUACGGAACGUCCACGAUUGCACCGGUUCUGCCACCGCAAUUACCACCGCAACUGCCACCACAAUUGCCGCUAUUUCCACAGCAACCGCAGUUCACGGUGACAAGCGCUCCUCUGGUCACGCAAACGUUCGCGACGGUGUCCGAUUCGAAAAUUCUGAAGCUGACAUUUGGAGCGAAAACGGCGUACACCACGUUGUUCUCGAGCAGGGUAGUGCCAACCGAGAUUACCACUUAUGUUACGAGCACCAUACCCGUGCAACCGACAGUCCCAGCCUUCCCAGGUUAUUAUCCUCCGCCUGUUGGCUACCCGCCUUUCCCAUUUGUAGGAUAAAGCCUCAGCAACUCGCGCUAAGCGUGCAGGGAUACGAGUUGCUCUAAACAUAUGGAGAACUGAAGAAUGUCAUUUUCCAAGAAAUAUAAUUUCUGAGAGACGAACAAAAUCCAUUUGUAUCGGAUCAAUAUUAAAGAUUGAUGAUGAUCCUAAUGGUAGAUUCGAUAGGUAUGGUUCAAAAACGUACAAAUCAGUAAGAAAUGAUAAUUAUCGAAGAGUAAGAGAAAGGAUAAGGAAUGCUAUUGAACUUUAUUGAGAAAAAAUCAGUUUUCGAUACUCUAGUCCAUUAAUAACAAAAGAAAGUUCGAUGAAUUUAACUGUAUUGUUCAGAACAUGAUUUAUUUUCUAAUUAAAACUUAGGAAAGAAAAUGAACAAAUCUUGCAGUUCCAGUUGCCAAUAAAAUAUGUUAGAGGCAAACUGUAAAUUAAACUCAUUAAAAAAUGUCAUUAAAAAAUGAAUGUUCUCUGUUUUCUUAUCUUACUUUUCAAUGGUCAAAUUACAGUUUGGAAUGUACAAUUGAAUCGAUCGGUUCCAAUGUGUCCUUUUUCCGUCCAGACAUUUCGUACCUUAGCAUAAUCUUAAUUAAGGUAUUUAAAGUCUAGAACUUAGUAUUAGUAUGUAAGAUACAAGCUGUUGCUCUGUAACUUUCGAAGAAUAGAGAGCAAAUGAUAUCAUGGAAUAUAAAGCGAAAAGUACGUAAAUACGUGACCGUUGCAUUUCUGAUCUUUAAUUGGCACGCAACGAACACACGUUCCUCAUUCUGAUAUGGAAUGCGUUAAUACUCGCAUUUUGUUCAUGCAUUAUGAUGUGACAUGCCGUCUAUAGUAAAACGUUCGUAGAAUUUGGAAUUUUUCAAAUGCUCGAUGAAUUUGAAAUUAAUUAUAAAAAUAGAACACAGGAAACAGCAUAUCAUUUUUAUAUUAUGAUCCUGUUGCACAAUAAUUUAUUAAUUAAU